AGCCCAACACAAGCCCAUCAAUAUAUCUCCGUCGGAUUCGUCUUCCCUUCCACGCACGUCAGAGCUCGCCUCGCCGCCGCCUGACCUCGCCUCGCCGUCGCGCCGCCGCCCACAGACACAGAUCGAUUCCCUCCGGCUCCGAUAUGGAAGACGCUGCCGCCCGCCGCGAGCGCUUGCGUGCCCUUCGCGCUGCCAAGGACCUCCUCUCCACCCCCGACCCCGCCGCCGCCGGACAAGGACAACACCACCAAAAUGGGAACCGUGAGACAGCACCAGAACAAGCGGAGCAUCCAACUUUACCAGCUCCUCUGGACGCACCUGAGGAGGCCUCAAAGGAGAACAUUAACCCCACUGACGAAUCUGAGGAGGUUCAAAAUGAUGGUGAUAUGCCAGCCAUGAAGUUCAGAAACUACCUUCCUCAUGAUGAGCAACUUCGGGGUGGUAAGGUGGCUCCAGUGUCCCUCCCAAAGUUUGAGGAUCCAAUUUCUGCUGAAACUACAGAGCCAAAGCAAGUUGAGAACCCCUUUGGAAACAUAGCUCCAAAGAAUCCAAAUUGGGAUCUGAAAAGAGAUGUGCAGAAGAGGAUGGACAAACUUGAGAAGCGCACGCAGAAAGCACUGGCUGAGAUUGCAUUGGAACAACAAAAGGAGAAAGAAGCACUUGGGGAAGGAAGCGAUGCAGCCCAAGAUUGAGGGAGGGCUCAGGGGAGAUGGAUAUGAAGUAGCUGAACCUUUGAUAUGUUAAGAAUGCUCAAGGGGUGCACUGUGAACUGAUGAAAAGCUAAUGGUAACAUUCGGGGUCUAGCAAUUAGUGUGCGACUAUACGUUUGUAAGCAUGGAAAACCUUAAUAAACCUGAUUCAGGUUGCUAGACCCGUGUGCUCACUGCUUGAUUAAGUGUAGUUAGGGGACUCGCAUUGUACUACCCCCACCAAAAUGUAUGUUUGUGUUGUGCUUAAUUCUCUUGUAAGUCAACUGUGCUUAGAUUCUGAUGCUGCCUGCCAUGGAAACCAGUUAAACGUAUUAAUUUAACAUAUGCUUUAAUUUCC